UUCUUUCGGAUCCAUUAGUCUCGCGUGAAUUGUCGAGAAAAACUACACAGGUGAAUUGAAAAUAAGAAAAUUUGAAACUGCUCGAUUAUCAUCAUCAUUAUACAGAACAUGAAAGUGGCAUCAACCUAUGGCGAAGAUGUCAACUUCACCUAAUACUCCAAAAGGGUUUUCUGAAGUGCAAAACGUCACAUUCAACUGGGAGGAUUAUCUACGUGAGGAUGGGGGGACACCAGCUCCAGUGUUCUGCUUCAAACAGUCAAAUGAGGAACUGACCAACGAGUUUGAAGCUGGUCAAAAGAUUGAGGCAGCAGACCCCAGGAAUCUGACCUCUACUUGCGUUGCCACGGUGAUUUCAACAGUCGGGUUACGUCUGCGUCUGCGUCUGGAUGGCAGUGACAACUCAAAUGACUUCUGGCGCCUCGUUGACAGCGCAGAUCUGCACCCGAUUGGCCAUAGCGAGAAACAUGGAGGACUCUUGCAACCCCCACUUGGAUUCCGGAUGAACCCGUCGUCAUGGCCAAGUUUUAUGCAGAAGACCUUGAAUGGAGCUGUGUGUGCUCCCAACUCUUGCUUUAAGAAGGAGCCACUCGGGCCAAGGAGGAAUGAGUUCAAAGUUGGAAUGAAGCUGGAGGCAGUAGAUAGAAAGAACCCAAUGCUGAUAUGCCCAGCCACAAUAGGGGCUGUCAAUGGGGAACAGGUGCAUGUCCGGUUUGAUGGCUGGAAGGGUGCCUUUGAUUACUGGUGCCGCUAUGACGACAGGGACAUCUACCCCGUGGGCUGGUGUGCUCGGACUGGCCACCCCCUACAACCACCGGGACAAAAAGGCAAUACUCCAGCCAAGACCAGUCGGGGCCGGUUGUCAGACUGUACGAUGCAGACCCUUUCACCCGGCAGCCGUAACUCCACCCCUAGUCGGACUAAAAGUCCCUCCCCCAUCCCCACCAGCCCCCUAGUCAAGGAGGAGCAAGUUGCCCCUCAUGAGUCAAGUUCCGUAGUCACAGUAACGGAACCGGAUACAAGUUCACCGUCCCCACCAACUGUGUGCGUGUUCAUCAACCACGGUUGCAACUGUGGCCCCUACCUCCACCAACAGCGGGUCCUACAGCUGCCCUCACAGUACGGGCCUGGGGUGAUCAACAGGGUCCUCUAUGAUGUCCUAAAGGGCUGCAUGGAGUGUGCUUUCACAGAGAAGGUCGUGUAUAACCUCAUACCCGAAGGACAUGGCCGCGUCGUUAUUUCAGCUAGUCACGGACACAAAUCCUACACAAAGCGGGUUAUAGCCACAGAGAAUGCUGAGGAGUUCUGGAACCUUCUGGAAAAGAUCUUUGAAGAGCUGGGCUGCUGUGAAAACCUGUUUUCUACAAAACCUCUCAAUCAUGUGUGUCACAAAUGCUCAAGAACGCGUUCAGAUUCCGAAGGCCAGCAAUCAGUCAGUGGGAGAUCCAGUAAAUCCAAUCCAAGAAGGCGAUGGUCAACCGAGUCUGCUGAGAGCCUACGCCAGUCUAAGCCUCCGAAAGUGCGGAGGUCAUAUGAGGCAGAGGCCAGUUCCACCACAGUCGAUGCCAAACCCCAACGUCCUGCAAAUCCUGCUGAUUGGUCAAUAGAUGACGUUGUCAAACAUAUCUGUGACACGGACACUGCAUUGGCACCACAUGCUGUCCUUUUUCGGAAACAUGAGAUCGAUGGCAAGGCACUGCUGCUGUUGAAUAGUGAUAUGAUGAUGAAGUACAUGGGCCUGAAGCUGGGUCCCGUCCUGAAGUUGUGUAACCUCAUAGACCGUCUGCGACAGUGGAGGUGAGGUGUAACCUCAUAGACCCUGAGGAGACAGACCCUGUAUACUGCUGUGCAGCCUUAAAGACUGCAUGUGACAGUUGCAGUGAGGUGACCCAGCAAAGUGUCUGAGGUGUUAUGACUUUGUCAGUGACCUGUUUACAUAUUUAUGUUUGGAAAAUUUACAACUGCCACAGGUUGUUUUGACUGUGUCUCGUCAUGUACAAUGUGACCUGUUCUCAGAUUCAUCAGAGGCAAAUUUAUUCUUUUUUCUUAGAGAUUCUUUUAAUAGCAUAAAUACGUUACCUGCUAUCUACUAGCUACUACCUUUCCAAGGUGGGUUUAUUCAUCUGGAAAACUUCUGGAAGCCGGGAGCUUUUUUUAGAGAUUCUAUUAAUGAAUUUAAUGUGAUGCAGAAACACUUGGAGUUUUUGCAGUAAAGACUAUUCUUGACAUUAUUUAAAAAAUAGGAAGAAAAUCUGUAAAAAAAACUACAUUGACUGGUUUAUGAGAUGACCAUAUAUGGACUGAGAGGUCCUGUGUGUUCUCAAACUGUUGUGUUCUCAUCCCUUGUUGACUGUAUUCUCAUGCAUGAAAAGUUGCAAACCCAUAUUUUCAUGAGGGAAAUAGAGGAUAAUUGAUUAUGUUGGUUUAUGAUGUAAUUUUAUUUCAUGAGUGGUUAUUUAAAAAAAAAAUAACGAGAAAAUAUACAUUUUCUAUAGCGAUUAGUGAAAUUAAUAUUUGAUAAUUCACAGAAAACUUAUUUUCUUUUUAUUAUAUUCUUUAAUACAAUAAAUAAGCAAAUAUAUGUGAAAAAACCUACACAUCAUAUGUUUGUGUAUAAAAACCUCAUCAAAAUAUGCGCUUAACAGGGUCAUAAAUGAGAAUGGAUAGAAAAAAACAAAGUAUCAUGAUCUACCCUUCAUUGUAACUAAAUUUUGUGGAUUUAUGGUUAAAACAAGAGAUUGCCAAGCAAUAUGGUCCCCUACCGGUGAAACUCCACCAUUGUCAGUAAAAAAAAAAAAAUUUUUUUUUAUUUGUUGCCAUAGCAACCAGAAUUUUAGACGUAGGAACAAAAUGAAAUGACGUGCAUAAUCUCCAUAUUGCCAUCUAUCCAUGUUUCAAGUUUCAUGACAAAAUAUGAAGAACUUUUAAAGUUAUCGCAGGAUCCAGAAAAGUGUGACGAACUGACUGACAGACUGAAAGACAGACGGAGUGCAAACCGUAAGUCCCCUCCGGUUUCACCGGUAGGGGACAAAAACAAAACAUUUUUAAAUACACUACAUGCAUGUUUCAUUUUUCAGGAAAAGUAAUCGGCAAUGCUCCAUCAUUGUAAUAAAUGAAAAAAUAUUGCAAUCCAAUAUUUUCACGUAGCAUGAAUAUUAAUUCUUUCACUGAAAUGAAAUUUUAAUUUUUAAAUUAAAUUCUUCAUUCCAAUGAAAAGCAUGAAAAAACUUUUAUUUAAUGGCUGAUGAUAUUGAAACUAUGGAAGCUGAAGAGACUGACCAAUGUGUUGAUCUGGCUUGUAUUGAUGGUGCAUCUACCAGUGGUGUGUUCCGUGUUCAGCAAUUUGUGCACAUAUGUUGAUCACUCUUUCAUCUUGUUGCUGUUCUUGUUAUAUAUGAGCCUUUCUUUGGGUAAACAGGGCUUAAUGCAAUGGCAAAAAGUGACUACCUGAUUUUACCUGUGCAGUGUGCACAGGCUAAUCAGCAACGACACUUUAAGAAAAUGUCCUAAGCCCGGUUUUCCCAGAACCUGUCUUAUAUGAUAUUUUGUCUUUUCUUUGUAUUUGUAAUAUAUACAUGUACAUGGUUUGCUACAAAUUUGUUAUUUUGAGUAAUAAUUGCCUGGCUUAUUUUACAUUUUGACUAAAAGUCAGUUUGAUUAGUCUACCAUUUAUCAUUGAUAAUCACUUUAUUUGUAACCAAUUGGUAUUUUGCAAGUUAUGUUUAGGGCAUACCAUAUGUUACUGUUAUAUUGGUAAAAGUUAUUGCUUGAUAUUUUCAUGACUAGUGUAAAUAUAUUAGUUUUGGCAACAGCUUGUUAUAAUUUAUGUUUUAAUCUAUACAUUAUGUUUUGUAAAAUAAAAGCCAAUAAUGUACUGAGAUCAAGUCGAUUUAUAAUGGUUAACAUUAUAAACAGUAUAUAUCAGUGCCAUGAUAUAAAAGUGCAAGUCACCGCUUAAGCUCAUCAAAUCUUUUAAAUCAUGCAUACUUAUUCAGGUAUAUUGCCUACAUUUACUUUUUACACAUACAUCUGGUUGCGACAAUUUAUCGAGGCAAUCGUCCAUAAAGAACAAAAUACAAUUUAAAACAAAUAUUUUUUGUCUAAUGGUCCUAGUCGGGUUCAAACUUCCACAAAAAACUUAAACUUCAAUGAAAACUUUUAGACAUUACUAAACCAUUAUUUAUAAUGUUCACUCAUGUUCCUGAACUAGAUGACCAUUACAUUCAUAACGAAUCUGCUACUUGUUCAUUCUGAUUUUUCCAUACGUGCUAAAAGUGUCAAAAGUUUCAACGUUUUGUAAUAGAAAAAUGCAUAUUUAACUGAGCCUUUAUGAAAAUGAAACCAAUGGUUAAGCGCAAUUGUUUAGCUAUCAUUUUAAAAGUAUUUGUUUAAAGAUGAUAGUACUGUUUAAAUGAAAAACCAUUUGAGCAGUCCAGUUGCCUUUUUAUAUACAAUUAUUUAUGAAAUUUUGUAUAAUGCUUUACGAAUACUUCCCUAGUCAAGGUACUUAAUUAACUGAAUUACCUGCAUAGGAUUAUAAGUUAUUCAGUUUUAUUUUAAAAUACAGUGAAAUAUAUUAUUUUGUUAGUAGUCACUUCUGAAAAAUACACAUUUGUGUAGUCUAUUUUUGCUAAACCCUUUCCCAAUAAGAAGCAAAGUGAAAAUGGUAAUGUGCAAACAGCAUGAAACCAUAACAACCUGCGAGUUACUCACAGUUUGUUCAGGUUUUCUGCUCAUCAGCUUCUAAGGGUUGCAAAUGAAGCCUUUAAAACUUGAAUCUAGUAAGAAAAGGUCUUUAAUGAAAUUUUAACUUUAUAAGGGACUACAAAUGCGUCAAAAUACAUUUCUAAGUGGUGAAGGGAUAAGUUGAACAUUUCUGCAUUACAAUUCUGUAGUAGUAGGCUACUGAAUGGGUGCAAACAUAGAUGUUUGUACUUGCAGUUGCAUCUGCAAUUAAAUGUUGUGGAACUUAUUUGUUAUUUUGUUCGUUAUUUGUUAGCAACAGUCCAUAUGUGAGAAGCCUUAGUUUUAUGUUGCACUCUUAAACAAGUCAUUCAAAGUGCAUAACCUGAUAAUGACCUUGAGAAUGAAUACGGGAAUUUGUUUGAUGCAUUUACAGUUGAAGAACACUUUUUCAAAGGAGUUAGGACAUGCAAAAAUAGGACAUUUCUAAAUAGCGUUUAAUUGUUAUAAACUGUGUUCAACAAUGUUAAAGAAAUGAAAGAACAAUCUUCUGAAAAGUAAUACAUUACAUUAUUAACAAGUUAAAAGACUUAGGUUUAUGAAGUAUAAAUAAAGGCAAAUGUUGGAGGACAUAAUUUGUUCCAUCAGAGUACCAGUUUUAUGUUUGAGAACUGUAAAGAUUUGCUGCACAAAUUUUGGUGCACACAUGAAUUUCAUUUUUCUUUUUAUGUUAUAUACUAUGUUGUAGUUUAUUGUACAUAUUAUGGUGCAUGCCUUUUUAGCUCACCUGAUGGCUCAGGUGAGCUUUUGUGACCCGUCUUUUUCCGUCUUCCGUCCGUCCGUUAAAACUCUAGAGGCCACAUUUAUUGUCCGAUCUUCAUGAAACUUGGUCAGAAGCUUCGUCCCAAUGAAAUCAUGGUCGAGUUCGAAACUGGGUUGUGCCGGGUCAAGAAAAAACUUGUUAACACUGUAGAAGUCACAUUUCAUUCCCUUCAUGUAACUUUGUCAAAAUGUUUGUCUUAAUGAUAUGUUAGUUGAGUUCAAAAGUGGUUCCGGUCCGUUGAAAAACACCGCCGCUAGUGGGCGGGGCAGUUUUCCUUAUUUGGCUAUAGAGAAACCUUGUAAACUCUCUGGACGUCACAAUUUUUGCCCAAUCAUCAUGAAAGUUGGUCAAAACAUUGGUUUUAUUGAUUUCUCGGACGAGAUCGAAAAUGGUCCAGAUCGGUGAAAAAACAUGGCCGCCAAUGGGCGGGGCAUUUUUCUCUAUAUGUAUAUAGUGAAAACAUGUGAACAUUCUAGAAGUCACUUUUUUUGCCCAAUUUUCAUGAAAUUUGCUCAGAACAUUUGUUUCACGAGAGGUGAGUUGGAAAAUGGUUCCGGUUAGUUGAAUAACAUGGCUGCCGGGGGGGGGCAGUUUUCUAAUAUUUAUAUGUAAAAAAAAGCUUGUGAACACUCUAGAAGUCACAUUUUUUGCCCAAUCAUCAUGAAACUUGGUGAAUAGAUUUGUUUUAUAUAUAUCUCAGUUGAGUUUGCAAAUGGUCCCGAUGGGUCAAUAAACAUGGCUGCCAGGGGGGUGGGGCAGUUUUCCUUAAGUGACUAUAUAGAGAGAAACCUUGUGAUCGAACACUAUAGAUGUCACAUUUUUUGCCUAAUCAUCGUGAAACUUAGUCAAUACAUUGGUUUUAUUGAUUUCUUGGACAAGUUGGAAAAUGGUUCAGAUCGGUGAAACAUACUUUUUAGCUCACCUGAUUGCUCAGGUGAGGUUUUAGGAUUGGUCUUUGUCCGCUGUCCGUCUGUCCACAUUUGAUUUGUAAACACUCUAGCAUUCAUAUUUCUCAAGCAUUCUUUAUCAAAGUUGCUGAAAGAUCUCAGUCAAGUUUGAUGAUGAGCAAAAUCACAUAAUUAAUGCCAUAAUUAUUGCCCUUAGAUUGUCCAAAUUUUCAUUCUAUUAUACAAAAUCCUUGUAAGCCAAGUUUGAUGUUUGGUAAGAGGGGUCAACUCAAAAUAUAGGUCACCAUUUCAAAUCUUACAAAAACAAAAACACUCCCUACGCAAGAGUUUUGGUUCAAUAAUGAUGAAACUUGACCAGGAUGUUUGUCUGGUCAAUAUCUAGGUCGUGUUUGACAUUAGGUAAAGAUUGAAUGAACCGACUCCUCUCAGGUGAGCGAACUUUGGCCAUCUUGGCCCUUUUGUUGUUUGAAUUGUACCUAUCAUUUGGAGAGUAUAAUUAAUUUAUGAUGUACAUUCAGUCAAUGUGUACAUUGUACUUGCUGAAUAAUUGUUUGUCAAAGAGCUAUACGAACAUCUAACUCAAUUGGUUGGGCAAAAACUUUAUGUUAGUAUUCGUUUCUAUUGAAAUAAUUGGAAUUGAUAUACUCUGUUUGUGGGUUGAAUACUUGUUUUAUAAGUCUGAGUAUCAGUUCAUGUAUUAGUAUCAGCAAAAGCAGCGUACUUCUGCAUUUAGAUGGCUCAAACUAAGCUGAUGAAAGUUGCAAGCAAGCAUCACAUAUCCAGUGGGCUAGCCUAAUCAUACUGGAUAAAACUUGAUAUAUGUUCGUCAUCAUAUUUACAGAAAGGGCACUGUGGACUUACUGAACUUGUAUCCUAUAUAUACUUAUGCAGCAAACAACCAUUUGAACCUCCUUUAUAAACACGUAUACUGCUGAGUGUAAUGUAUUUUGUAUAAUGCUUUUUGUAUCAACAAUCUUUGGGUUUACUACGUAUUUAAAUUUGGGGUCAUGGUUUUGCAACCGGCAUCUGUACUUUUCCUAGUGUUCAUUUUCUUAAUUUGACUUAUUUCAUUUUCACUUUUUUUGCUGGUAAGUGUUUUGUACAUUCUUACUACUUGAUUGUGUUCAUGUUCAUAUAUUGGGCCAAGCAUCAUAUGAUUUAUAGUGCUGAUAUAAUAUAACGUGUUUUUGACAAAGCCCUUUCAUGUUUGUGGGUAAAAUUUGUUCACAUUAUACAAGUAUUUCAGAAAAAGGUAAAAACAUGUCAUACAGAACUUUUUUAAUACCUGAUUGUAAUGUUAAAUUUAUAAUCCAGUGAUCUGAUUUAGUUUUUGACCUUUCCAUUUUAAAAGUAUAUACAUGGUAUUGACUGGCUUUUAUGGCAUGCUCACUGCUCUGUACACUUUUCUUGUUACUUGUCAUUUGAAAUUUGUUAUCUGUUUAGAUUCUGCCCUGGUCCAUAUUAUCACUGGACCAGACUGUGUAUAGACACAUAAAAUCUAAUUUCAUA